CCCCAUCAGAGCGCGCAAGGCGAGACGCAGAAGAGAGAAACGGGCUCGAGCGGCGGAACGGUAACGAUCUCGUGUGGUACCCUGGAUUACACCGACAGAAAUGUUUGGAUAUAUCAAUCUCUCCACUGCUCACGAGUAACAUAGAGGCACGUGCUCGCAGACGUUACACACACCCACACACACACAGACGGGAAAGUUAAACAGCAACGGAACGGACUCUCAAGAAUCCGCGGUCGCGAGAGCAGGGAAUUUAAUAACGGUAACAAAACGGGCUGAACUCUCAGUUUCCUGCCAGCGCGCGCUGCCAAACAAAGCAGCUCUGCUCAAGAGGAACAGCAUAGCAGUGCGCGAGGACACAAUAAUUGUGGGAUUAAAAAAAAUUGUGCCAUUGUCCUGAACCACUGCUGCAGGGACCACACCCACCCACAUGACAGACUCCGCCCACUAACAGAGCAGCAGAUUGCCACACUUCUCCUCCUUUCAAAUACGUUGUAUUGUGUACAACAUGAAAGACUUUUGUGAGCCUCUGUUGGUCUACUGGUUGGUGGGCAUGGCUUUGGUGUUUCCGGAAGCCACCACCCAUGAUGUAAACCCUUUCUCUGUGCAAACAUCCUCCCCUGAACCCUGUUAUAGUGAAUCGGGGUCUGCCCGCUACUGCAUUCCAGAGUUUGUUAACGCGGCAUUUGGACAGGAAGUAAGUGUCUCGAGCACAUGUGGCCGUCGCAGCUGUGAACACACCCUCCUGACAGAUCUAAACUCUGCUCAGAACCUCACCUGCUGGCAGUCAGAGAUGCUUCGGACAAUACCGUUCAACGUCACACUCACCCUUUCACUAGGAAAGAAAUUUGAAAUCACUUACAUUAGCUUAAAUUUCUGUUCCGAGAAACCGGAUUCAAUGGCGAUUUACAAAAGCAUGGACUAUGGACGCAGCUGGACACCAUUUCAGUUUUAUUCUUCUCAGUGCCGCCGAGUUUACGAUCGCCUGAACCGGGCAGAAAUCACCAAGCUCAACGAGCAGGAACCACUGUGCAUGGAACUGCCCAACAGCGCUGACACCAGUAAUGCCAUCCUCGUUUUUAGCACACUGGAUGGACGACCUUCAAGAACAAACUUCAUCUCUAGCCCUGUUCUCCAGGAUUGGGUCACUGUUACUGACAUACGUGUGACAUUUCACCGGCCAAAAAUAAGUAGAGACGUGCGAGAACCUGCCUACUUUUAUGCAGUUUCAGAUUUCCAGGUGGGCGGCAGAUGUAAAUGUAAUGGCCACGCCCACAGAUGUUUAAGGGACAAAGAUGGGAAGAUGGUCUGUGACUGCAAACACAACACAGAAGGACCCGAGUGCGACCGAUGCAAACCGUUCCACUAUGAUCGUCCAUGGCAGCGAGCUACACCCAAAGAAGCUAACGAGUGUCUGCCAUGUAACUGUAACCUACAUGCCCGGCGUUGCAGGUUUAAUAUGGAGCUGUAUAAAUUAUCAGGACGGAAGAGUGGAGGUGUUUGUAUGAACUGCAGACACAACACAGCUGGGCGACACUGUCACUACUGCAAAGAGGGUUACUACAGAGACAUGAGCCGACCAAUAACACACCGUAAAGCCUGCUUAGCAUGUGACUGCCACCCAGUGGGAGCUGCAGGUAAAACUUGUAACCAGACAUCUGGGCAAUGUCAGUGUAAAGAUGGAGUGACUGGACUCACCUGUAACCGCUGUGCCAAAGGUUACCAGCAGAGCCGCUCUCCUGUAGCCCCCUGCAUCAAGAUUCCUACUAUUAAUCCAACAGCAAUGGUGAGCAGUACAGAGGGACCUGCAGAUUGUGAGUCCUACUGCAAACCAGCCAAAGGCAACCUGAAGAUCAACACCAAGAAAUACUGCAAGAAAGACUAUGCCGUCCUGGUGAGUGUGUUGGACAUGGAGACGGUGGGAGACUGGGCAAAAUUCUCCAUCAGCUUGGUGUCAGUGUAUAAGAGCCGAGAGCCACUGAAGAGAGGCGAGAACGCACUGUGGGUUCAUUUGAAGGAUUUGGCAUGUAAAUGUCCACGCAUCCACAUGGGGAAACGCUUCCUCAUCCUGGGCUCUGGUGGGGGUGGAGCCAGUGCAGAGAGGGCGGGGAUUGUUGCAGAUAAAAACAGCCUGGUCAUACAGUGGAGGGACAUCUGGACUCGACGCCUGCGCAAAUUCCAGCGCAGGGAAAAAAAGGGCAAGUGCAGUGCUGCAGAACACAACCAUGAAGUCUAACCUCCAACCCUGUGUGCGUGUGUGUGUGUGUGUGUGUGUGUGUGUGUAUAGACUGUUGGUCAGCCUUCUGAAGGGACCGUUAAAAAGUACAAGACUGAUGCAGGAACCACGAUUAUCUCUCUCACUUUCUCUUUCUCUCUCUCACACACACACACACACACACACACACACACACACACACACACACACACACACACACACACACACACACAGAUGCUGCUCAGUUUCAAACCUCAAACAUUCAUCAUUAUCAUUCUUAUGGGACUGAAGAAAUUUCUAAUGUUUUUAAUAUCUGUGUGUGUGUGUGUGUGUGUGUGUGUGUGUGUGUGUGUGUGUUAGUUAUACAGAAUGUUAGUAUGAACUUCAUUAAACAGGGGAUGUGGUAUCCUAGUGGUUAAGGUGUUGUGCUACCAAUCGGAAGGUUGUGAGUUUCAUUCCCACAUCCACCAAAGGGCUGCCACUUCUGGGCCCCUGAGCAAGGCUUUUAACCCUCAAUUGCUCCGUUGUAUAAAAUGAGAUAAAACGUAAGUCGCCGUGGAUAAGGGCAUCUGCUCAGUGCUGGAAAUGUAAAUGUAACAGACAAAGUAGAUCAGUCAGUCUCAUAACCACCUUUAAACACCCACAUGUUCUGGUCACCAAUCUGCUGCAUUCUCAAGAACAUUCUGGAAAUCUAGAACACGUCUCAGAACCCUGUUUUUCUGAACAUUUUGAAAACAGCUAAGUUGCUGAAAACCUCCAAACAUCAGCUGAGUUAUAGAACCUCAUCAAAGAGGGAGAUGAGUUGUUGAUCAUCUAUUUCAUGAUUUCUACACCAGCUGAAUUCUGGGACACUUUCCAAAAUGUCACCUGUUUUAGCCGCAACACAUUUGCAUGUCAGCUAGAAGAAAAAAGCAGAAUGAGUCCGACAGCAGCAUCUCUGAACAGGAAGGUGAUUCAAAGCAAAUUCAGAACAUUUAGAAGUCAAGUUCUGAAUAUUAAAGUAUUUCAACACUGAAUGGAGCGCUGCAACAUUUCAGUUUAGAACACGUUCUGAACAUAACGUUUUAUAACUUAUAUAGAGAGUCAUAUGGGGUCUAGGAAAAUUCUGUGAAUGUCAGGUGAGUUUUCGAACAUGAAUGUGGUCUAUGUUCUACAGUGGAUUCCUAGCAUAACUUUUGACUCAAUUUUAGAUCAAUUUUAUUAUGCAAACUGAAUUCUUGUAUUCUUUUACAAAUGCAGAGAGGCUCUAGAAUGCUUUUGAAUGUCACACUUUCAGAUAUUCUGCAGUUUUCAGCAGAUUUCUGCAGUAAUUAUUGGUUUGUUCUGUAGGUCUGUUACCUGAUUGGUCAGUUCAUGUUCACCUGCACUGGUACUGUAAAUAUCAAUAAGUGUAUCUUUGUUGUGUUUGUUGUUAUAAAGUAACUGACUAGAGAGAAAGUGUCACUCUUCCCAGUGUGUGUGUGUGUGUGUGUGUGUGUGUGUGUGUGUGUGUGUGUGUGUGUGUGUGUGUGUGGGGAGACACACUUCCAUCUCUCACUAUUUUCACUGCCAUGACCACUGACUGUUUAACCCACACCAAUAAAUUAUUAUUUAAA